AUGCUUCUUAUUUGGUUCUGUUGUCAGCCUUAUAAGUGCAACAAGAAAUGGGUUGUCGCAUUGAACCCUCUUCCCCACUGUGGUUCUGGUUCUCAAGCUGAUGGUGAUGCAUCCUGUGAUAUAUGCAAAAGGAGACUCAAUGAUCCCACUCAAUAUCGCUAUUGCUCUGUCGCUUGUAAGGUGGAGGCACUUUCGAGUGAUGCAGAAGAGGAAGGCAAAGAAGUUGGUGAGCCAGGGAAGCGAAAGCACAGAAGGAAGGGAGUGAUCGUUGGUUCUUCAUGGGCUUUGCAAGAGAAAUCAACUGAGAGGUUCGGCCGCUUUCAAGACAGUGAGCCUGAUAUUGACAUUUUAGCGGAGAAGAAGUGGGGAAAGUGUAUGAGGUGA